CUGAAUCGCAAGCAAUCCACAGCGUUGAGUACAUUUUAGUUUCAUCAAUAACUAUGUGCGUGAAGUGAAUAACGGUUUAAUGGUUACUAAAACGUGCUGUUCUUUAAAACAUCGCCUUGCUAAGAAAGUGAAUAUGUAAAAAGUGACAACAUUUAAAUUUGAUAAGAUAAAAGUGUAAAAUACUGGAAGAUUAAGUAUCGAUCACGAUGCAAACGAAACAAGUUACCGCCUGAGUUAUAGUAGUACCCUUGAUUAUCGUAGCUAAACAUUAAAAACGUCGUUUUGGUGUUUUAUGGAUAUAACGGGUAACCAAAUGGUUCCACUCCAUUUUUUCGGGUAAUGCAGUUUAUAGAUUUCGACGUUCGGAAUGAAUUGAUGGGGCGCCUACAACAAUUGGAAGUGGAUGUAAAACUAGACGUUGCAGAAUCGAACCAGUAUCGUCUAGUUUCGAAGUCAUCUUUGGAGCCGCCUGGAUUGCCUAGCUGCACAAACUAUAACAAUGAACAGAAUGGAAAAGAUUUAUACAUUGAGGACUCUUUUCUGCGACCACCGCUAUGGGAGGAUAUCACCAGCUCAAUACAGAACAUAGAUCCUGAAAAUGCCAUCAUGUUGGGAACAACGAAUGACGUUUCACAAGUGAAAAUGGAAGCGAUAGAAGAUUCGUUCCUAGAGCCCUUAUCCUCGCCAUUGCUCAGCCCGUUGGAGAUCAAAACAGAAAAAAGUCACCUACUAAUACAAUCCCGUAAAUAUGAUCAUAACAUUAACCAACAUCAUAACGUCAACGUCAAUCAAAAUGCACAUCAACAACCGCAUCAUUCACAAGUUGAUACUAGCUGCAGCAAUGUUUCCAGCAACAACCAUGAAAGUAGUAUUUUUUUUAUACACAGUAGCGCAAGCUACACUUUAAAUGCAUUAGAAUCGUCAGACAAUGACGCAGUUCAUAGCGAUCAUCAUUCAAAUUUAAGUGACUUUGUCUUCGAGAUGAACGGUACUGCCCGAAGUCCAAAACUUCUGAAUUCUAAUGCUCCUACCCAACCGGAACAUUCAACCCUUCAACAACAGCCGCCUCAGCAACACCAUCAAGAGCAACAAAUGUACAAUCUGACUCAUAGCAUGCAUGUAAAUCAGAACAAUAAUUAUUACAGCUGGCCUCAAUCAAUCUUGAAUCCCAAUGCGUGCCAGCUGACUCAUUCUAAGUAUACAUCAUCGCUGUGCUCGGCCGUAUGUGCAGCAUCAAUAUCAAGAUUAAUGGAUGUCCCACCACUUACACCACCCAAUUCUGAUCCCGGUAGCCCGGGUAACAACUUACAGCAUCAACUACGACGAACCCCACCUCCACCCUAUAACAUACAACAACAGCAUCUUCAGACGCCGGGAAAUUUAAACCAUCUCCCACAGCAUUCGCAAAACAAUAUAUCAGGCACGCAAUCCGGCGACAAUACGCCGAUGCAAACACAUCACCAGGAUCAUCAACAUUUAUUAGUGGACAAUCCAGAUACUUGCCAAAAUCCCUCUAAUCACAGAAAUUCAUCAAAGGCAAUGGGAUCGACACUAAUUAACUCUACGUUUAGCACUGCUUCCGUCGGAGCAAGAACUGAAUAUGUCGGAUCUCACACUGAAACUUGUCGCGGUUCCAGUUCCAAAGCAAAGUCAAAUGUGCUAACUAAUGCCAACCUAGUGAAACAAAUUGUUGGUCGGUACAACAGGCGUAAUAAUCCUGAGCUAGAAAAACGGAGAAUACACCACUGCGAUUACAUCGGUUGCAUAAAGGUUUACACCAAGAGCUCCCAUUUGAAAGCACACCAAAGAAUCCAUACCGGUGAAAAGCCAUACUGCUGCCAGUGGCCAGAUUGCGAGUGGCGUUUUGCGAGGUCGGAUGAACUUACUCGGCACUAUCGCAAACAUACCGGCGCUAAACCGUUUAAGUGCAUCGUUUGUAACCGCAGCUUUGCUCGUAGUGAUCACUUAGCACUUCAUAUGAAGCGUCACCUACCAAAAACUAAAAACUAAAAGUAUAUGUUAUGGAUACUUUUAAAUUAUUGUGAAGUGUACACGUUCAUACUCUGCAUCCUGCCAUGGUAGCAGUGGUCAAGAAAUGCCUACACAAAUGCUUAAACUGCUUUGUUCUUAUAAUAAUUACAUAAUUCAGUACUUUACUGGAUAAGAACAAAAAAAAGUAUGUGUUUAGAUUGCAAAAGCAUUUAUAUCUCUAAUUUUACUACCAAUAAGUUCAUAGUAUUUUAAAGAAUAGUUUAAAAUAAAACGGCUACAUCACUUUUUCAUUAUAACAUUUCUCCCAAUCUGUUUAUUCUCGUUUAUUCGAGUGAACAAUUUUAUUCCAAUAAUGUGUUAAUUAACGUUUUACUUGUCUAACUGUAGCUCUUGGAAUUAUUUCAACAAAAUUUAAGUUCGUAUGACUAAGUGCCAAGGCUUGGCUAGACUUUCACUAAACCCUUAAAACCAAACCGGGAUUUCUACGACCACGCCACAAAAUAUGGUGUCCGCAAACACCACAUGACUCAAGAGGAAGCGUUUUCUAUAUCUCGAAAUCAACCAAACCGUUUUGUAUGUAUCCUUCAACGUUUAUUUAGCCAACAUUAGCAUUGACAGUAACGAUCUCCAUACACCUAAAAAAGCAAAGUAUUUUUUAACCACACUCCAAGGAAAAUCAACAAUGGAAGUAAUAAUAAAGUCCUAAAUGUAUUUAUAAACAUUGGCAGUGAGGUGUAGUUUGGUUAACUUGACUGAACUUAACUAUCAAAAAUGAACAUAAUCCAUUACCAUUCCUGACGAACUUUAUUAAAAAGGUAAUCAGUUUCUCUAAACUCAUUUUUUUUUGUGCACACAUGGUAGAACCUUGUGACCGUAUUACGAUGAACAGUGGAACCGUUUGAAGUUCGAACAUUUCUUCUAUGGAUAACUCCUCUAACGGGAUCCACUUAUUUUUAAAUAACAACGCUUUCACUAUAGACAUUUAAGUCCUUCAAAUGAUUUUUGCUAAAUAUUUAAAAAUAAAAGUGCCACCUACUGUGAAAUGGUAACUAAUAUAGCAAAUGUGGAUUUUUUGGAAUAAUUUAUUACGUUCUCUUAGUACUAGAAGAGCUCUAGCUACAUCUACUUCAUUGAAUCAGAAAUAUGCCCAUGUUAUUUUGAUGAUUGUAAUUACCACUGAAGAAGUCUUGUGUUGUUGAAAGUUAGUUUUCACUUAUAACACUACGAGAACAAACAAACGAACAUAAUUUGAUCUCAGAUUAGCUGUUCUUGAAUAAUAAUUACAUAUAACGAUCCUAGAUAUCACAAGUCAUGUGAUCCAUCUUUCGAAGUUG